CUAUGGAGAACUGCAUUGGAUUUUUUUUGCCACGAAGUUAGCGGAGUGUUUGGCGUGCGACGCGGGAGGUGAGACUCAAGUGAACGGUGGAAGAUUCUGAAGGAUUGAUUCCCUGGAUACGGGUAGGACAAAUUAUUGACUGUGUGAGGGGAGAAAGAAUCGGAAAAGAUGGCUUUGGCAACAAUAGGCUCGCUACCACCAUUUGAUCCUAAAAAUCAGGAAUGGGAGGAGUACUGUGAAAUAAUGGAACAUUUCUUUGCUGCUAAUGAAAUAACUGAUGCCGCUAAACAGAAAUCCAUACUCAUAAGCGUUGUCGGUGCACAGACGUACAGCUCAAUGAGAAACCUGUUGAGUCCAGAUAAACCAGGAGAAAAGUCAUUCAUAGAUUUAGUCGAGCUAUUAAAAAAUCACUUCAACCCCAAACCCAGUGAAAUAGUACAAAGAUUCAAGUUUGAUUCACACAUGAGAAAACCUAUCGAAUCAGUGGGGGAAUAUGUGGCUGAGUUGAGAAAACAAGCAUUGGACUGUAACUAUGGGAAUACAUUAUCGCAAAUGCUACGCGAUCGGCUGGUGUGUGGGAUUAAUGAUGACAGGAUACAAAUACGAUUGUUAUCAGAGCCUAAUCUCACGUUUGAGAAUGCACUCAAACUGGCUCAGGCCAUGGAGUCCGCAAAUAGAAAUGCACUGGAUUUGCAGGCAAGGGGCGCAACUGCGUGCCAUACAAUAAAAGAGAGCAGCGCUGAGCGCGUAGAAUUUCAAAGAACAGAAAGCCGUGGUGCAGCAGCCAAUAGAGACUGUUAUCGUUGCAAAGGCAAACACGCACCGUUUGACUGUAAAUUCAAACACGAAAAGUGUUAUGCAUGUGGGGUAAUAGGCCACAUUGCGAGGGCGUGCCACAAUAAAAAAAAAGCCACGGGCUGCAGAAAAGAGGAUGGACAGAAAACCGAAUACCUCCAGACCCUCUAG